AUGGAAACACAGGCCCGACCCGUUGACACGUCGUCUACGCCGUACAACGGCCCCGGGGCUUUCCCGACAGGAGGAGCACCGCCCGCAGACAAGUAUCUUCAGUCGCAGCCCGAGUACGCCCAACCGACCCGUCCGGAGGAUUACCCCCGCCCUUCCCGAGAAGAAGACCCUCCGCGCAAAUCCGGCCAGUACUCCAUCCGCCAGAGCCAACCGGCGCCGCCAUACAUUACAUAUGGCCAUCCUCCCCCGAUUCCCAAGGUCGCCGUCCAGCCUCCGGUAGUCGAGAAGAUGGCUGGGCCGGCCGCUUACUACCCGGCUCCUCCCUCCCAAGCGGGAACCAUGGCCGAGCUGCCCCGCCCCGCCGCUGCGCUCCAGCCGAUCACAGCCACAACCCAGGAUAUCCGGUCGCUCAAGACGAGCACGCAGUUCGCUAUGCGGGAGUACCUCUCUCUCAUGCGCAAGAGACGCCCCGACGGCUCGUCGACGAUGGAGCUGGAGGAUCAAAUUCGGGCGCAGGGCCGUAUCUUGGUUGGGGACCUGAAGACGCUGCGAAAGGAGGUUGGAGUACUGAUCAAAGAGGGCGAGAACCAUCGCUGGAGGAAUUGGCUUAUUGGAGGAGCUGUGGCGACCUUCAUCCCAGCCGUCAAGCGCGUUUUCCGUCGGCCUUCCUCGUCCGAGGGCAGGUCAAGCAUCCAGGCGAGCAACAACACUGAGUAUGCCUUCUCCAAGAGCAAGGCUAUGCUAGCGCGCAUCAAAGACAGCGUUCUGGGCCGCAACAGCUUUGCCAGCAUUGCCUUCUUCGUUUUCGCCGUGCUUUACAUCUUCUCGAACGAGGUCUCCCUGAUGGUGGCCAAGACCGUCUCCAAGCGGCUGAAGCGGCUCGGCGCCAAGAUCGAGCGCGGCGACGUUGAGGUUGUUGACAGCGAUAUGAAGCUGCUCGAGGGGUGGAGAUGGAGAGUCCUUAUGUGGGGGCAGUGA